GUACGUCGUCCUCAUAACAAGGAAUAUGGCGGCCAGCUCGGAUCGGAAUCCCCCUCCUUUCCCCGCAGCGGAGGAGCCGGAGCCCGGACUCUGCGACAUGGCAGACGGAGACAGCGACGAGGGGGAGGACAUCUUCACCAGCAACAGUAACCCUGUGGCUGUCAGUCGAGGAGUUUCCCAGCCCGACUCUGCCAGUGACGAGCCUCCAGAUCUUUUCAGUGAAGAGGAGGCCAGCAGCACAGCGCCCAGCCUCAGCACCGCCGCCAAGUCCAACGGGGUGCACUCUGACGACGACAGCGACCUGUUUGCCGAUGCACACAUGGAGCUGACCACAGAGAAGCCCAGCAGCUCGGCCAGGAAAGAGCCGCCCGCCUCCUCCGGCCCUCGACCUGCCGCCUCGUUCAGCCCCAGCCCUGCAGCCGCGGCCCCCAAGUCCAUGGAGCAGCUGGAGGAGGAGGAAGAGGCUAAAGAUAGCUUCGACGUGGACGUUUCCGUCACCAACCCAGAGAAAGUUGGAGACGGCAUGAACGCGUAUGUGACCUACAAAGUGUCCACUCGGACCUCGCUGCCCAUGUUCAGGAACAAGACCUUCUCUGUGAGGAGGCGCUUCAGCGACUUCCUCGGUCUGUACGAGAAAAUGUCGGUCAAGUCGUCGCUCCACGGCUGCGUCAUUCCACCGCCGCCGGAGAAAAGUGUCAUGGGAAUGACCAAAGUGAAAGUGGGGAAGGACGACCCCUCAUCAGCAGAGUUUUUGGAGAGAAGGAGAGCAGCACUGGAGAGGUAUCUCCAGAGAGUAGUGUGUCACCCGCUGCUACUGCAGGACCCGGACGUCCGCGAGUUCUUAGAGAAAGAGGAGCUGCCCAGGGCAGUGAACACCCAGGCGCUGAGUGGAGCUGGCUUCCUGAAAAUGAUCAAUAAGGCAUCAGAUGCUGUCAACAAGAUGACCAUCAAGAUGAAUGAAUCUGACACCUGGUUUGAGGACAAGCUCCAGGAGGUGGAGAGUGAGGAGCAGCAGCUGAGGAAGCUCCAUGCUGUGGUCGACUCCCUGGUCAAUCACAGGAAGGAGCUGUGUGGGAACACGGCAGUAUUUGCCAAAAGCAUGGCCAUGCUGGGAAACUCUGAGGACAACACGGCCCUGUCGCGGGCCCUGUCCCAGCUGGCUGAAGUGGAGGACAAGAUGGAGCAGCUGCAUCAGGAGCAGGCAGCCAGCGACUUCUUCAUCUUCGCUGAGCUGCUGGCCGACUACAUCCGCCUGCUGGGUGCCGUCCGGGGCUGUUUUGACCAGCGCAUGCGGGCGUGGCAGCGGUGGCAGGAGGCUCAGAGCACGCUGCAGAAGAAGAGGGAGGCCGAGGCCAAGCUGCUGUGGGCCAACAAGCCGGACAAGCUGCAGCAGGCCAAGGAGGAGAUCACUGAGUGGGAGGCUAAAGUCACUCAGUACGAGAGAGAUUUCGACAGAAUCGGUGUGACCGUACGCAAGGAGGUGCUCAGGUUUGAGGAAGAAAAAGCCAAGGACUUCAAGGGCCAGAUAGUCAAAUAUUUGGAGUCGAUGCUGCAGUCUCAACAGCGGCUCAUCAAGUUCUGGGAGGCGUUCCUGCCUGAGGCGAAGGCCAUCGCUUAAUGAAGAGGGAGACGCCUCCAAAAUAAAGACCCCAACUGCCUUUUUUGAACACUUUACCUCCUGACCAGGAACUGAGAGGACAAUUUACACACCUGAGAAUCUUCCAUCCAUCUUUUUUCUUUUUCUUGUUUUUUCUUUGUUUUUUUUAAGUUUGUGACUUCUCUGAUCUUGUACAGUUCUUUGAUAUAACACGCCUCCACAUUUACACAGCAGUUCUGUUGAAUACGUCCUUGUUUAUGUUCUUUACCUUUAAGACUUUAUGAAGCACGAAUCCAGCCGAGAUUAAUUUGGCCGUAGCGUUUGGAAAAAGCCGCCGUAUCACAGUGGCACACACAUUUACGUUCCUCACUCAGACCAGUGUAGUGAAGUGUUAAACAUUGAGGUACUGCCCUAGAGUAACAUUGUCUAUGGUUUACAAGUAGAAGAUAGGCAUAUGUAAGUCAUUCCAGUCUCCUAACAAAGUUAUGUUAAUGAAACAUGUUUUUGAUGCACUAAAAUGCAUUGUACAGUUGGAAAGGCAGCAGAUAUUUUAAAAUAAAUACCACUAUUGAUGACAGAGGUCAUUUACCAGGAGUAUUAGCACAUUGUUACAGUUUACCACUCUUAUUUACAGACUUGUCGCAGCUGUCACAACACGAUGAAGAAGAGAUCAAAGCUACAGCGAGUGCAAGUUGAGAAAAUGCAGUCCAUGAAUUGUUGGUGGUAUUUCCUACCAUGAUGUAUUUGUUUUAACAAGAUAAAAUCCCUUUCUUCCACAGUAGUCUUAUGUACUAGAUUAUAUGUGUGUGUGUGUGUGUGUGUGUGAGUGAGAGAGAGAGAGAUGCUGCAGUCCACGCCAUGAUCUAUCAUCUUACCUCUUCACAUGGCGGUGAGGUCCAGCAGAUUUCACUUGCAGAUUGUUUACCGCCCAUGUAAAUGACUUGACAUGUAUGUAAACAUGUACAGUACUUGAACCCAGUCGUGCACAUCACCUCCAGAUGUUAUUAGCGUCCAUGCAGUUUGGAUCAAUUGGUUUUGGCAGCGACUAACGAGGCACAGACACGCAGACAGUGACAAUGUCCCUUAUUUUCUUAUCCGACAUUUGUAAGUGUAGUUUUCUGUCAUGUCAUAUAUUUACGUAAGGAUGUGCUUUAUUUUUGUAACCACUCGCAUUAGCGCAGACAUUUCCUGGAACGGCUAUACAGGUAGAUGUAAAGAAUAAAUAUGAUUGAUUAAACUUUG